AGAGAUUGGAGUCCACCUGAUACGCUCGUGCCUGAAGAGAACAUCUCUACAGCCACCAACCUGACCUGCCGCCUACAUCCGCUGCUGCUUCGACAGGCCCUAGUUCCAAGAGGGAUCUUUCAGUCACCAAGAAAUAUGUCAUCAGAUACCCUAUCUUCAUAUCGCAAGACCCAGCGCGCACCAAGAAGUUGUCGAGCCUGCGCUGCGCGGAAGGUCAAGUGCGACAAAAGACUACCAUGCUCAACUUGUAUUCGUCAAGGCACACCUGAGUCAUGUUCUCGAGAGCUUGUGAUGGUGCGUGGUGAAGUUACAAGAGGGAAAGACCCAGUGCAAUUGCCGACAUAUGAUGAGCUGGUCCAGGAAAAUCAACGACUAAGAAUGGCUCUCGAGUCAUCCGCUCAAGUCCGUCCUACUUCUGACUCACUUCUUCGGAAGCCGAGGACUGCGCAGAAGUUAUUGGAGUGUCAUGAUCCGUUGGAAGAAAUGGUGUUCAAGUCUCCAGCACUUUCACAAGUGUCUCGACAUGGCCAAGGAUGGAGCACGAUCGAUGUACCUUGUCGAAAGUCUAGCGAGCUCCUAAUCGCGUAUGACAAGAAGUGGAAUUCCUGGGUCCACUAUGCCCUCGAAUAUCCCGAGUUCGAGCGGGAACAUGCCCAUUUCAUGGAUUCUCUAGAAAGUGGUACUAUCUUGUCAGAUUGUGAUCCAGGUUGGUUAUCAGUGUAUUUUGGUGUCAUUACGGCUGCUCUGUUAAUGAUGGGUGAUGAGGAAGCUCGUGAGAUACUUCCUGAAGGAGACCUCGAAAGUAUACUGCAACAGUGGUAUAAGACCGCCUUGUUCUGCCUCGAAGAAACAGACUACAUGAGAACUAGCACAAUUCGCCCUGUUCAGGCAAUCGCAGUACUUGGCAUUUGCUUUCACAACUUCGGGGACUCUGGCUUAUACCGUCAUCUUUGGAGCUGCGCAAUUCGCAUCGCGCGGAACCUCGGGCUCGAUGGCUCUCACGCCACACAUCCCACUUCAGAGCUAGGACUCGAAGCUCAAAGGCGUCUUUGGUGGACUCUGAUAGUUUGUGAAUGGCUUGCGGUUCCUUACUACGUGCCACAAGUAGACGAAGAAGAUUUCGAUAUACCACUUCCUUCGGACGAAUCUGAUGUUGAAGGCCCUCAGCCGGUGUUGUAUCACAUCUUCAUGGCAAGAACCUCGACCGUUUAUCACAGAUUUAGAUCAGCGCUGCGGGAAGGCACACGGUCAGUUUCCGAAAUUGUUCGCCUAGCCGAUGAUGAACUAGCAGAAGUCAUCAACACCUUGCCAGCCCAUCUCCAGCCUGAUGGUGGCAAAAGCAAGGAAAUGCAAGAGCUAGAGAUCAUUUAUCCCUGGAUCAAAUGGCAACGAUUCGACAUCAGCCUCGUGCUCCUUCAUCAUCGGAUGCGCAUCAACCGAUCUCUACAGAAAGAAUGGCUAGCAGCUCCUGGUCUGUAUGACUGGGCACGAGCAGUGUGUAUUCGUUCUGCUAUGGAUAUCAUCUGGAUAACCCACAAUUGGGAUCAGCCAGUCGCAAUGCGGAGACAGUGGGCGUUAUCGAUGCAUAUUUUCGUCGCUGCCAUCUUCCUACUCAGAGAAUCCCAAAGGGCCCAGUCUGGUGCUGAAGUUGAUUUCACAGACGAGGUGCAGCUUGCCAUCGAAUACCUCAACGAGGUCAAAUCACGCAACGCCAUAGCAGAGAGGGCAGUUUCUAUUCUCAGGUCUUCACUGGAUGAAGAAGAUUUGGCAGCAGAGCUUUCAUGA